CGCUGUCUUACAGUCUCAACAAUGGAUCUCGGUAUCACCCAGAAUAGCGCCUAAAGGCGUUCGGUAGCAUGGCUAAUUGCCGUCAAACUCCGAUAGGUUUGUCUGCAGGCGGAGUAACGAUCACAUGCAUUACACAAUGACAUCUAUAGGCAGGAAGGAAUCCUGAUGAGUUGACCGUUGAGCGCUUGGCUGUCGGCUUUUAUACUUUCAAGGACUUACCCAGACGAAUUGUAACGGAGGCAAGAUGUACAGCGCUUAUGGAUUGGGCGAACUGUCUGUGGCGCCGCUGGAUGCCAUGUAUCCAUCUGCGGUCACCGCCAUGCAGUUCAGCCCGCACUGCGAGGCGCUGUGGGCAGGCACGGACUCGGGCCACCUCUACACGCUGCAGUGUCCCUCGCUGCAGCCCUACGCGCACUGGCAGGCGCACCCUGGCGGCCCGGUGCUGGAGGUGCAGGCGGCGGGGGAGGGCGUGCUGUCACUCAGCCAGCACAGGUUGGUGCUGAACGGUCUGGGCGGAGCUCCCCGCUGGAGGCUGAACGAUGAGACGGGACAGUUCUCAGCGCUGUGUCUGGACGGAGGAGGCGGCGGCGGAGGAGGAGGAGGUGCAGGGGGUGGUGGUGCGGUUCGUGCUGUGGUGGGUCGCAGCGGGCCGCUCAUGACGCUGGUGGACCUGGGCACAGGGGCAGUGGUGGUGGAGCAGGAUGUGUUGGGCCUGGCUGCGGGCGAGGGCAUCACGCUGCUGCGCGGACCCGCGGGUCGGGGGGCGCUGUGUGCCGCCACAUCGCUUGGGCGACUGGCGCUCAUCGACCCGCGGGGGAAGCUGAGGGUUGAGGCCGCCCUGAUGGCUGCUCCCGGCGGGGUGGCGGCGCUGGAUGCGCGGGGGGACACGGUGGCGGCUGCGGGGUACGGGCUGCGGGCGGGCAGUCCUGUGCCGGAGAACUGUGUCAAGAUCUUCGACCUGCGCUCCGGCGGGCUGCGCCCGCUGUACUCCCUCCCCUCCGCCGGCCCGCCCUGCUGCCUGGCCUUCCACCCGCUGCUGCCCGCCUCGCUGCUGCUGGCGCUGCCCUCCGCGCUGUUCUGCAUCGCGGACACCGCCACCGGGGCGGCGGCGCAUGUGUACCAGGCCGACAUGGCCUCCGACACGCUCUCCACCGCCGCCCUCAGCCCCAGCGGGGACCUCAUCGCACUGGGCGGCAGCGGGGGUUACGUGCACGUGUGGGGGGACAUGGGGGCAGGCGGUGGCGCCAGCGGCUCCGGUCUGUCCCCCUGCCCCCGGGUGAACAAGGGCGGCGGCUCGGGGGUGCCUCUGGUGCCUAGCCGGGGCCGACCCGCGGUGGAGCUGCAGGAGGACGACUGCUUCUCCUCCGCCCCCCAGUACCCCCCCACCCCCUCCUCCACCUCCUCCGCCGCCCAGCCCUCCCUGGCCUCCGACCUGCCGCCCCACGAGACGGCCUCUGUGGGACUGCCACCCCGGGCACUGGAGCCCGCACUGCGCAAGGACAUGCGCGUGGUGGACGGUGUGGGCUACCUGCCCAAUCCGCACUUCUCGCGCUCCAAGCCGCAUGGGGAGCUGCUGCGGGAGCUGGCGGGGCUGAGGCACGGACCCGCGGGUCGGCUGAGCAUGCGGCAGGAGAGGGGCGCGGACCCCGCGGUGGCGCGAGCGGAGAGGCAGCGGCAACGGGUGGCGGAGGGCGGUGUGGUUCUGCCCCUGCGCUACCAGCACGUUGAGAUCCGCCACUACGGGCGACUCAAGUGGGAGGAGUUCGACUUCUCCUACUACAACCGCACGCGGCUGGCGGGGCUGGAGAACGACCUGCCCAAUGCGUACUGCAACGCGCUGCUGCAGGCCUUCUACUUCAUCCCCGAGUUCCGGCAGCUGGUGCUGCGCCACGUGCCCGAGCCCGACACCGAGUUCUGCCUCACCUGCGAGAUGGGCUUCCUGUUCGCCAUGCUGCAGCGGGCGGGGGGGCUGCCGUGCCAGGCCACCAACCUGCUCCGCACGCUCCGCUCCCUACGCGAGGCGGCC